CAAAUAUUAGAACAAACAAAUCGAAACUAAUAUCAUCAAUUUACUUCCUGGUUAAGCUGAAAGAACUCGAAUCGAUUCGGAUGUGAGUCAAAUCAAUGAUGAAAUGAAGAAAGGCAAACCGACCACGACCAAAACCCCUUUGAAACAAACCAGAACUAGUUCAGAAGUGAGCAAGAACAAUGAUGACCAUAAAGUCGACACAACUAAAACACCAGAAGUUAAAGAGGGCAAACGGGACGCUUCAAAAAACAAGGCUGGUCUGGAAAAAACCAAUAAAGAGCUGACGGAAAAGUUGAAGAUGGUUACUAAGGAGAGGGACACGUAUAAAAACGAUCUUGAAAAAGCAAAUAAAGAAUUCAAAGAAAUGAAGGCCACGUUUGACAAAGAUACAAAGAAGGACAAGCAAGACUUACAGAAAGCCAAUAAAGAACUGAAUGAUUUGCAGGCAAGAAUUGACAAAUUAUCUGAAGCCAAAAAGAAAUUCGAAAAAGACAUGACGCUACUGCAGACAAACACGAAAAAAGAGCGUGACAGAUUGGAAAGCGACCUUAAAGAGAACACUAUGGAAUUAACGACAUGCAAAAGCAAGUUAAACACAGCUGAUGCUGAGAAUAUUAAACUCGAGAAACAACUGAAUGACGUUCAGUCAAGGUUAAACAAAGCUGAGGCUGAGAGUAAGAAACGAGUUGCAGAGCUUAGUGAACUUCAAUCAAGGUUAAACAGCGCUGAGGCUGAGAGUAAGAAACGAGUUACAGAGCUUAGUAAUCUUCAAUCAAGGUUAAUCACUGCUGAGACUGAUUCUAAACAACGAGAGAAACAGCUAACAGAGAGUUCAAAAAGGAUCAAAGAGCUGACAGCAGCUAAUGAAGAACUAAUGACAAGACUGAGCAAGCAUCUAGGCGCUAAGCUUCAAGACAACAACCCAAACAUAGCGGACUUGAGCGAUCCUAACAGACCGACAAAGCUUGCCGAACAGUUUUCAGGACUGUACGACGAUGACUGGACGAACAGCUAUGAAGUCAUGAAAAAACACAAACAAGAGGUGGACGUAGUAGACAUACUACUGAAAGCUUGCGUGAAAAUAUACGACAAGUGCAUUACAAAAGCGUCAAUGGAAUUGAAUGAUCUUCAACGUGUUUUUCUUGUGUUCAACUCGGAUUCCGAUGUUAAUUCGCAGAAGCAACUGAAAGACAGGCGAAAAAAGCUUAAACCUGAUCAACAAAUCAUAGAAAGUGACAUGAAUGACCUGUUUGGUGAACAAAUUGCGAAACACAAAAAAAUCGAACCGUAUAUUAAAAAGUGUCUAGACAUAUGCUGGUCAAUGGCGAUACAAGACCCGCCUGUUCACAUGGAUACAGACUUGAAUAAAAAGGGACAUCCGUUUGAUAAUGCUGCAUACCGACCUUACACACAGUCGGGUACCUCGGUCGACUUCAUUGUAUGGCCGGCACUAUAUCUAUAUAAGGACGGAAGUCUACUUCAAAAAGGCAUUGCACAAGGUAUAACUGUAGAGGACUCUGUAGGAGGAAGACGAGCAAGUCCAGUAAACAAGCAAAACAGAGUUAAAGCAUCAUAAACUGCGUUUAACGACAUGGUUUGCUUAUAAAAAAAAUAAUACUUAUACAAGUAAACCUUAAGAUUGCUAUUGUCUGUUGUGAGUUUCUGCGAAUAUACUUUCCUGUUAUAUGGUAUGUAUUGUAUUUCGAAAGUCCAUAAAAUAUUUGUUUUUAAAACAAUAAUAUA